CGACAGUCGUGCAUGCGUAGUGGGGGGGAGGAGGAGGAAGCGACGUCUUUCCUGCGUUCUUGAUGAUGCUCAUGGCUGGGACUGAGGGGGGGAUGAGUGCAUUGUGCGGGAAGGUGGAGGCUCCCAUGAGGGAGUCCUCCGGUGGUGGUAGUAGCCAAGUGGGUGUGGCUCUAAUCCCCAUCUCGCCUUCUGGUACAGAGUCUCUAGCCAAGUCGCCGCCGCCCGCCUCCCCGAGGGCGGGGGGCGGCCUGUUCAGGUGGCUGCACGGGCGCUGCCUGGGCCGGAGCGCCGCGGUGGAUCCGGCCCGCGACACCUUCCGCGCCAUGACCGGGCUGUACAGCUCCAUCCAGCCCGCCGACUCCGUGUACCUCAGCACCCGCACGCACGGCGCCGUCUUCAACCUCGAGUACUCGCCCGACGGGUCAGUGCUGACAGUUGCUUGUGAACAGACUGAAGUCCUGCUUUUUGACCCUAUAUCUUCGGAGCACAUCAAAACUCUUUCUGAAGCUCAUGAGGACUGUGUAAAUAAUAUAAGGUUUCUAGAUAAUCGACUGUUUGCAACCUGCUCUGAUGACACUACAAUAGCACUUUGGGAUCUGAGAAAGCUGAAUACAAAAGUGUGCACUUUACAUGGCCACACCAGCUGGGUGAAGAACAUUGAGUUUGAUACCAAUACAAGGCUACUAGUAACAUCGGGGUUUGAUGGAAAUGUGAUCAUUUGGGACACCAACAGGUGCACAGAAGAUGGAUGUCCUCACAAGAAGUUUUUUCACACCCGUUUUCUCAUGCGGAUGAGACUAAUGCCAGACUGUUCCAAAAUGUUGAUCUCAACCUCCUCUGGAUAUCUUCUGAUUUUGCACGACCUCGAUUUAAACAAAUCUUUAGAGGUUGGCAGCUACCCAAUUUUAAGAGCUAGGAGAACUACAUCAAGUUCAGACAUAACAUCUACCAGUUCAUCUGGUCCUCGAGCUGUUGGUUCAUCAUGUCACUGUAAUGAUUCGGGUCCACUGUCUGAGAAAUACAUGUCACGAUCCUCACAGCGAGAAGGUGUAUCACCACGAAAUAGUCUGGAGGUUUUAACACCAGAAGUUCCUGGAGAUAGGGACCGUGGGAACUGCAUUACAUCACUACAGCUCCAUCCAAAAGGGUGGGCUACCCUUCUUCGGUGCUCAAGUAAUACAGAUGACCAGGAGUGGACCUGUGUCUAUGAAUUCCAGGAAGGAGCCCCUCUGCGCCCUGUCUCACCUCGUUGUUCCCUGCGUUUAACUCAUUGCAUUGAAGAAGCCAACGUAGGCCGGGGUUACAUCAAAGAACUCUGUUUCAGCCCUGAUGGCCGGAUGAUUUCCUCCCCACAUGGCUAUGGGAUCCGCUUGUUGGGAUUUGACACACAGUGCAAUGAACUUGUCGAUUGUUUACCCAAAGAAGCUGGUCCUUUGCAGGAAAUCCGUUCCCUCUACUCUCACAACGAUGUGGUACUGACAACAAAGUUUUCUCCAACACACUGUCAGAUUGCCUCGGGGUGCCUUAGUGGACGUGUUUCUUUGUAUCAGCCAAAGUUCUAGGCAUGUCUUACAUCAACAGGAACUUAGAUAAUUACUUCAGUUUAGAUGAAGUGCGUUCUCCCUAAAAUCUUGUAAAUUUGGACAAGAUCAUAGUUAUUGCAAUCUGUGAACAUAACAAUGAAAUGAAUUCUCAGUCCAGCACUGUAUGCAUUCUGAUACUGCAUCCACAAGUCAGGCUCCAUGCAUUCUGUGUUCUGCCUUCCAUGCAGACCUCUGAUCCUGUGCCAUUGAGUCUAGUCUUUCUGGUUGUUUGCACAGUAAUGCUUGUUGGUCUUUCCUUUCAACGUUACUUAGGGUGGGCUAUCUGAAAGAAACAUAGGUGGGGCAUGAGGAAGAGUUCAACCAAAACCCACCCAGGUACCACCAGUACAACACCUCUUUGUCACAAAGGAACUGGACUUCCUUACAUAUACUUGCUUGGCCUUUUCUAUUGCUGAAACAUCUAUACAAUGAUUAGAUAACAGAGCUGGUUUUGUGCAUACCAGAUUAGUUAUUGCCACAAAAGAAAAAAACAUUUUGUUUUCAUAAUAUGAAUUUGAUUAUUUGUGAUUGGCUAGAAAAAUUAGUCACAUUUCUGUAAAGGUUUUACUGUGGUUAAAUCUUUUAAAGUUGUUUUUCCUUAACUGCAUAUAUCGUGUUUAUUGCUAGAAGGAAAAAUCUAGAAGAUGUAGCUGCAUUUUCCUCAGUGAAUUUAGUAGGAAAACACUGCUGUUUGGAGCAGGGAAACAAGAGCUGAAUAGGUAAACAUCUUGCCUUGUAAUCACUGCAAGUGAGCUGUUCAAAAUGUUUCUCAUAAAGUGACAAGUUAAAUUGGCCUCUGUUCAACAAAUUGUGUUCCUCAGCCACUAGGGUUUCUGUUACUUUUACUGUGGGAAGCUUUUGAACUUAAUGAUAUAAACCUUGAUUGCAUGUUUGAAACCUGAUAUUCUACAAAAUUUCCCACUGUUGCUAAGGCCAAUUCCCAACUGAAAUGUGAAAUAUUCUUCUGCACCUUGCACAGACCAUUGUCAUGGGAGGAAUUAGCCUAUGAUUUGUCCAUAGUUUUAUGAGCAGUAUCAAAUGUAUCGUCAGUUUGGAACAGAUGAAAAGCAUAUGUAUUUAAAGAAACACCUACUUGGAUUUAACUGGUCUUAUCAUAAGAUGUAAAAAAAAAAAAAAAAAAUUGAAUAU